GUUCAGUUCGAGGCUGGAAGCCAGGAAGUUUGAGCUUGAUUUUUGUUCGCUGCCCGCCGUCCCGUGCGCGAGUGGUGAAGAACCAAGUCCUCAGAAAUUGGACUAAAGACGAAUUUGUGUUUGCUAUUAAUUCUGUAGCGUUAAGCUAAAAGAUCAUCAUUUGACUGAAAUUUUGUCACAUCAACCAAAUUUCUAUGGAUUCCGUAGCAGCGUCAUCUUCUGGGGGUCACGAGGACAAUUUUCAGUCAUUCUACACUGAUUUGAAAGAAACUGAGAAGAAAGAUUCAUGCCUGACGUCCAAGCAACAAAUUGAUAGACUUCUCCGACCUGGAGCCUCGUAUGCCAACCUCAAUCCUUUUCAAGUGCUACAAAUUGAGCCUACCAAGUCGCUGCCAGAAAUUAAAAAGAAAUAUAAAAGGUUGUCCAUCUUGGUGCAUCCUGACAAGAAUCAAGAUGACAGCGAAAGAGCUCAGAGAGCUUUUGACGAGCUGACCAAGGCAUAUAAAGUGCUGGAAAAUGAAGAUGCCCGACAAAAAUGCCUGGAUGUUGUUGAAGAAGCACAAGAAAUUGUUAAUCUGAGG